AUGCCAGACAAAAAGGUGGAAAAACGACUGGCUGAUUUGGGAGUUAUGAAGAAAGGCAUAUUUGUCCAUCGUGAUGGUGUGGAGAAAUUUGUGAACGACUUUCAAGAAGCGCGUGAUUCAUGUCAGGUUCGGAUCGAAUCUCUGGAUCGAGUAUAUCAUGAAUUUUUGGAAGUGCAAAGUGAAAUUGAACAAUUGGACGAUGAAGAGCAGUUAAAUAGACACCUGUCGGAACGAGCGGACUUCGAAGCGCGUUAUUGCACGGUGAAGGGAUUCUUGCUGUCCAAGCGAUCCGCAGAUGCCAAUCAAGCGGCCCUGAAUGCAUCGUUCCAUCAUCCACCAGCAAACCAAGGUACAUUUCACCUUAGGCUUCCGCAAAUAGAUCUUUCCAAGUUCAAUGGGGAUUUCUCAAAGUGGUUGUCGUUUCGAGACACCUACACCUCGAUGGUGCACUCGAGCGCCGACAUUCGUACCGUGGCGAAACUCCAAUAUCUCAUCCAGUCACUAGAGGGCGAGGCACGCAAGCCGUUCGAGAGCGUGGAUAUCGAGGCCGAUAAUUACGGUGCCGUUUGGGACGCCCUGCUAAAAAGGUAUGACAACCGCAGAUUUUUGAAAAAGCAGCUCUUCCGUAGUAUCUACGACUUCUCAUCGCUCAAGAGAGAAUCCGCCAACGAGUUACAUGAGCUCGUGGACGAGUUCCAGCGCCACGUGAAGGCCCUUGCCAAGUUAGGUGAACCCGUCGAGCAUUGGGACACACCUCUUGUAAACAUCCUGUCCUACAAGCUCGAUCCAGCUACUCUUCGCGCGUGGGAGGAAAAGACAAGCCAGCAAGAUGACGUCAAGUACAACGACUUUGUUGAGUUUCUGUACCAGCGGGUACGAAUUCUGAAAUCUGUGGCAACCGAUCUACUACAACGUUCCCAACCGGUUCAAACAAAGGUGGCCGGCAACGUUGUUCCUCCGAAGAAGUACACCCAAUCCAAGGACGAUGCCAACGCUGCUGCAUCCGAUAGUAGAUCAAACCUUCCUUCGUGUUACGCUUGUUCCGGUAAACAUUUCCUCUUCCAAUGUCAAGUUUUCGCCAAAAUGCCCGUCAGCCAACGAAGAGAGCUGGUAUCCCAACGGAAGAUUUGCUGGAACUGCUUCCGAAGUGGCCACCAAGCAAGACACUGUUCCUCGAAGUUUACCUGCCGAAUCUGUCGAGAUCGGCAUCAUACGCUGCUACACGAUCCAUCCCAGUCUAGUAAGAGCUCAUGUACUCCUGCCAUAGCAUCGAAUCUUACCGAAACGACACAAGAUCCACCCAUGUUGGCUAUCCCAGGGUCGUCUACCUCCUACCAACAAGUAAGCAUGUCGGUUCAGUCCCAAGCCAGCACGGUUCUCCUCGAAACAGUCAUUCUCGAAGUCGUCGACGAUAAUGGACACGUUUUCCAAGCCCGAGCUCUUUUAGAUUCCGCUUCGAUGUCGCAUUUCAUGUCCAAAAAUCUUGCGAACCUGCUCUCCAACUCCCAAUCCAAGGUUGAUGUGUCCGUAGCUGGAAUCGGACAAUCCCACCGGAAGAUCAAGCGUGCAGUAACCACCACAAUCCAGUCAAGAGUCGCGUCUUUCUCUAUGAAGCUUCAAUUCCUCGUUAUCGAGCAUCCCACGGCUGACCUACCCACCAUGUACGUCCAAAUCUCUUCGUGGAACCUCCCUAAUGUGCAGUUGGCUGAUCCUGCGUUCCACAUUCCCAACAAGAUUGAUUUGGUAAUCGGUGGUGAAGCGUAUUGGGACCUACACACCGGUAAGAAACUUGACCUAGGCCCAGGUCUUCCCUACAUCAUCGAGACGUACUUAGGUUGGACAUUCUGCGGUUCAACUUCCCAAGAUUCCUCCAACUCAAUGGUGUGUACCAUAUCCAGCACUGAUGCCCUGUUGGAUGCAACUCUACAAAGGUUUUGGGAGAUCGAGACGAUUCCGAACCAAUCCGUCCAUUCCAGCACGGAGAAGGCCUGCGAAGAGCUCUAUGCAGCAACAACAACUCGUGACUCUACCGGGCGAUACGUAGUUCGCCUACCCAAAACGAACAAUCCGGACGUCUUCUUGGGAAAUUCGGAAUCCAUCGCCGAACGCCGAUUCCUCAGCUUAGAACGCCGUCUCGAGCGUGACCCCAGCAUGAAAUCAUCCUAUCACCAAUUCAUGGAGGAGUAUGAGCGUCUCGGUCACAUGAUACAUCUGAACGAACCCGUGGACAACUCGAUUCCACACUGUUAUCUCCCACAUCAUCCCGUAUUCAAGCUAUCGAGUACCACAACGAAGACGAGAGUCGUGUUUGAUGCAGCGUGCAAGACAGCAUCGGGAUAUUCCUUGAAUGACCUCCUACUCGUCGGACCUGUCGUUCAAGACGAUUUGUUGUCACUCAUCAUGCGCUUUUGUUUCUACCCCAUUGCCCUGAACGGUGACGUCGAGAAGAUGUACCGUCAGAUGCUUCUUCACAAGGCAGACCGACCGUACCAGAGGAUCAAAUGGCGUACUGAUGCAUCCCAACCGAUAGCUACCUACGAGUUGCAAACCGUGACCUACGGCACUGCUUCUGCCCCAUAUUUGGCCACAAAAACUCUCCAAAAAUUGGCGAGUGAUGCGGCCCACUUAUUUCCUUCCGCUGCGGAACCAGUAGCCAACGAUUUCUACGUAGACGACUUUCUGUCAGGUGCCGAUGAUGUCGAGUCAGCCAUCCGAAUUCGACGUGAAGUAUCAGCGAUGCUUGGUUCUGCUGGAAUCCCGAUGAAGAAGUGGGCUUCGAAUUCCGUCGAAGUCCUUGAAGACAUUCCACCCGAAGACCGUUCAAUCCAGCCGUGGCAUGAUUUGCAAGAUCCUCAAUCCGUCAGCACUCUCGGUCUAAUCUGGGAGCCUAUAACCGAUAUCUUUCGGUUCAAGGUACAGUUGCCGCUGCCGGCUGCUGUACUCACCAAACGUCCAGCCGUUACGAAAGCGAAGCUGUUCAUGCAGUGCCUGUGGACACUGAAAUCCUCCGACAACGAACGCUACGAUUGGGACCAACCAUUACCUUCAAAGCUACAGCAAGAGUGGAAAGAGUUCCACAGUACCAUUGAUCUUCUUCGAGAAGUUCGAAUUCCACGGUUUGCUUCCUUCGCCGGAGCCGUCAGCAUCGAACUCCAUUUCUUCGCUGAUGCUUCAGACAAGGCUUACGGCACGUGUUGCUAUGUUCGUGCGCAAUCUGCCCAGGAAGUAUCCGUGAAACUGUUGGUCUCCAAGUCUAAAGUUUCACCCCUAGCAGUACGUCAUACUAUAGCUCGAUUAGAGUUAUGCGCAGCUCAUCUUUCCAUGCAGCUGUACAAGAAAGUCGCUUCGUCAUUGAGAGUUGUUCCACCUGCCUUCUUCUGGUCGGACUCCACCACCGUGAUACAGUGGCUUCGAUCAUCACCUGGACGUUGGAAAACGUUCGUAGCCAACCGUGUGAGUCAAAUUCAUUCUUCUACCCCAAUCGAUAAGUGGAAUCACGUUGCUGGUUCGGACAACCCAGCUGAUGACAUCUCCAGAGGAUUGGAUCCAGCCGAACGUCUCAACAAGGCAAGGUGGUGGAAUGGUCCAUCCUGGUUAAAAUCUCCUCCUGAGCUCUGGCCAAUAGGAGCACUCCCAACGAAAGAAACCGUCGAAGUAUCCCAUGAAUGCCCCGAGCGAAUCCUAUGUAAAUUAGCGCAGUUAGAGAGCUUCCAAGAAGAGCGUAAUGAUCUCGUUGUACGUACGAGCGUAUCCAAAUCAAGUCCGUUGAAGUGGUUGAAGCCCUAUGUUGAUGUAUUCGGACUGAUUCGCGUAGGAGGACGGCUAGACAAUGCUGAUUUAUCUGAGUCCACCAAGCACCCGAUUGUCCUGAGCGGCAAGCAUCCAUUAGCGAGUAUGCUCGCUGUGCACUACCACAAAACACUUCUUCACGCUGGCCCACAUUUAAUGCUGUCAACUGUCCGCCAGAAAUAUUGGAUUCCCGGCGGACGAAACCUCAUUAGACGCACCUAUCAUCAGUGCAUCACUUGCUUCCGUAGCAAGCCGCAGUUGAUUCGGCAAACCAUAGCAGAUCUACCUGCAUCCCGUGUCACUCCAACGCGUCCAUUCUCCGUCUGUGGCGUAGAUUACUGCGGUCCAUUCUAUGUCAAGUCGGCAAUCCGGAAACGAGGCCCAACGAAGGUAUAUGUGGCAAUUUUCAUUUGCUUCUCUACACGCUCUGUCCACAUUGAGCUCGUGAGUGACCUCACGACUGCCGCAUUCGUCGCCGCACUGCGUCGACUGAUAGCUCGAAGGGGGAAGGUUACCGAGCUGCACUCCGACAACGCCACGACCUUCAAGGGAGCUUCGCACGCCAUGCAUCGCGUGUAUCGAAUGCUGAAGCAGAACGACGUUGACCGGAACCAAAUCUUUUCCUGGUGCGCAAAUAAUGAGAUCCGGUGGAGAUUCAUCCCGCCCCGUGCACCUCAUUUUGGAGGACUGUGGGAGGCUGCGGUGAAGUCCGCGAAGACCCACCUACUCAAGGAGAUUGGCAAUACCAGUCUUGCCUACGAGGGGAUGCUCACCUUACUAGCGCAGGUCGAGAUGUGCCUCAAUUCGCGUCCAUUAACGCCACUGUCGUCGGAGCCAUCAGACCUGGAAGCCUUGACACCCGGUCACUUCCUGGUGGGCUCAAACCUUCAAUCCGUUCUCGAAGAUACAUUCAUCAAUAUUCCCGAAAACCGGCUCAAUCAUUGGGAGCAAACUCAGCGUCACCUCCAACGAAUCUGGGCACGCUGGUACCCAGAAUACAUCCAGCAGCUGCAGUCCAGAGCUGCUCAAGGCUGCAAGUCACCCAGCAAGAUCGAGAUCGGACGGCUCGUCGUUGUCAAGGACGACUGCCUUCCACCUGCCCAAUGGCCUCUUGGCAGAAUCGUCAAGGUCCAUCAAGGGAAGGACGGAAUCGUCAGAGUGGUCACACUGAAGACUUCAUCCUCGGACAACGUCGUGCGAUCCGUAGCACGAUUUGCAUUGCUGCCAAUAUCCAGCAAUCAUUCCGAUGCACACGUCGAACACAACUAG